AUGUCGUCCCUCGUCCCAAAUCCACGCACGAUACGAUUAAUAGCACCAGUUGCGGUCUUCCUAACAGUAGCCUUUCUGGUUAUUCAUACAUAUAAGUCGCCAGGCGCCAUAAUACCUAAUAUAGGGACACCUGAUGUUCCAAAUCCACCACCUAUCCAUGGGGGCUAUGAUAAUCAAGAUGGCGCCAACGACAAGGGUUCAUUUAGAUUCCAACCUCCGGAGGCGUCAGUACAACAUAGCGUCGUCCGCGGCGAUAAGAUAGUCUGGACGAACGAUAAUGGGACGGUAUGGCAAUCAGUCGGGCGGGAUCCGAAUCGGCCAGAGUGCUGGACAUACGAGGAUCGCUUUGGAAUCUACAAGCAGCUAUCGCCUGAAAUUUCGAAAAUAAUAUCCAACAAUAACAAGAACAGCAAGAAUAGGAGGGCUGUAGUUUUAAGGCUGGGCGGGAACCAGGCUUGGAAAUCCCACUUUAUCUGGCACGUUAGGUCACUUGUUAUGGAGGCUGGACAUCUGGCGGGGUACGAUGUCAUUAUAUCUGUACAUCUCGACAUGAGUCAAGAGAAGAAGGAGGCCUGGUUGAAAAAGGUGCCAGAAGAAUUACGACCGCUUGUCCAGACUUUCUCGACCCAGGACCUAAAGAACUGGAUUCCAAAACCGGCCGAAUUCAAGAACGUAUACGAACAGAAUCACACACCGGUUCAGAUGUUUAUGGCCCAGAACCCGAAAUACGAUUUCGUUUAUACCGUAGAAAACGACGUCCGACUAAUAGGGAGGUGGGAUACAUUCCUAGCGGACGUGGAUGCCGAAUACGCUUUCCAUAGGAAACAUCAAGAGAAGGACCAAAACAUGUCGGAUAUUCCCGAUUUGGUGACCUUCCAGUCGGUACGACGUCCAAGAGGUGACUGGCCAUGGCUCAAGGCCGACUCCGAGAAAGAGUGUAUCAAGAAGUUUGGCGGUAUGGAGAACAUCAGGUCUUCCCUCGGUGUAGUGUGGGGUUGGUCACGGAAAUUGACGGAUUCCAUAACCCAAUUCAACAAGGAUGGUCUGAACUGUUACUUCGAGUAUUUCGCACCAUCGGUCGCAUAUCACCAAGAUCUAACUACCUUCUUUUACCAACAUCCACUAUACUGUCCUAACAGGCCUAGUCCAUCGGAGAGGCACUCGAUGGCACCCAAAGAUCUUGGGAAGAACGACCCAAGGCUUGUCCAAUAUGAUAAAGUUGCUGUAGGGUGUACUUAUUACUUUGUCAACAUCCACGCUCAACCCUUCUGGGAUACGUGGUACCGAAACCCUGAGGCCUGUCGUCCGCCUGCCUUAGUCCAUCCCAUCAAGGGCGAUUUCUUCAACUAG